AUGUCGGCGGCCUUAACGACACAUCCAGACAUUUCAAACGGCACACACCAUGACUUUUCAUUAGGGUCUCUAGCAAGUUUCUCAACAACUCCUGGUCGGCCAGCCCUUCGCGUACCUUCAGCAUCCUCUAGAACAACGGCACCGUCCUCCACGCCCAUAUCGACACCAUCACCACCUAGUGUCACUGCGUUUUCGCGAAGGAAAGGAGACGAUGCUGCUACAUCGCUGUCAUCACGGCUGAAUAUGCUCAACCGCCACGAUGAAGGAGAUGAAGUUGAAGGAGAUGUCCUAGACACUCCCGGAGCGGAAAAGAAGAAAUGGACGGACGCACCUGAGACACCAGGCGCUAGCGCGCGGUCGUCGAAGAGGACGAAAGGAACAGCAUCUGGAGGAAAAGGAGUCACUCUUACCCUUCGCGACCAAGAGAAGCACAUCGACAACCUCAAAAAGGAGAACUUCAAUAUCAAGCUCCGGGUCCAUUUCCUUGAAGAACGGCUUGCCCAACUAGCACCGGACCAGAUCGAUGCUGCCCUCAAACAGAAUAUCAACCUCAAGAUCGAAGUCCAACAGCGCGGGAUGGAGAUCAAGAAGCUCAAGAAGCUCGUUCUCUCUCUCGAGCACGAGCUGGAGCGCCUACAGCGAAGCGGUGCUGGGAGCACGUCGAAUCGGAGUAGGGAACGAGAACUCGAGGAGAAGCUGGAGGAGAGGGAGCAUGAGCUUCGAGAGCUCCGGCGGCGAAAAUCCGGCGGUGCGGACGAUGCAUUACUCCGGGAAACUGAGCAGCGAAACGCUGAGCUCGAAGAAGAGCUGGAGAAUGCGCGUGCACUCCUCGAGGAGAACAUGGACGAGAUUGAGCGGCUGCGGGACAUCGUUGAGCGCAAAGGUGACCAGUCGGCCAACGAGAACAUGAGUGGCGAGGGUCGGAGAGAGCGGCUGAAACGGCGGGUGGAGGAACUCGAGCAGGAGAACGACAACCUACGCGCACAGUUGGACGACCAAGCCCAUCUGGUCGCCCAGCGUGAAGAGGAGAAGGAGGAUCUGUUAGACGAUAUAGAGGGUUUGCGAUUGGAGAUGGAGGAUCUGCAACGGCGGAGAGAAGCCGAGUCGAUCGAGAGGAGCGAGAGUCGGGUGGCGAUGCUGGAAGCCAGAGAGGAGCGAGAGGCUGUCGAGGACGAUUUGAACGCAAUGAGGGAUAAGCUAGCCGCGUUCAUGAUUGACCUACAGCAGAAGGAGGACGAAAUUGAGAUGAAGAACAACGAGAUCGAUGAGCUGGUUGCUGAACAUAAGCGAAUAGUGGAGGUUGUAGAGGAAGAGUGGCGAGGCGAAGUUGAAGAGGCAAGAGGGCAGGUUGAGGAGCUGAAAGAUGUGCUCGCAGAGCGAGAAGCAGAGUCGAAAGAUCUUCGUGUCAACAUCUCCGAACUCGAAGCCAACACCAAUGACCUGCACGUCAAGUUUGAGGCUGCCCUGGCACAUCUUGAGACUGAAAGCGAUCAGAAAGAUGCAGAGAUUGAGUCGCUACAAACGUCCCUCGACAAACUUGGCGAGCAGAUCUACCAGCUGGAGGACGAGAAUGACCGGCUGAAGGAGGAGCACGACCGAAUGAGAGACGAAGAACAAGCAGAACGAGAGAGGCUGGAGGCGUUAGCUGCUGCUCUGAAAGAGAAAAUCGCCAGUUUGAAGGAGCAGCUACAAGAAAUGUCAGAGAUGUACGAAACCUGCCGACAAGAAAUUGACGCACAUGUCAAUCGGCAAGAGGAGCUCGCCCGGCACGUCGAAGACCUCGUGGAGGAAGCGCAACGAGAACGAGCAGCGCGCGAGCGCACUGAGGCCGACCUGGACGCUGCAGAGAACGAACAUGAUGCUGCCAUUCGACGCGAGAGGCGGAAUCUCGAAGCCAAGGAAUCAGCCCUUCAGAGCGCCUUGAACGACCUCGCACGGACCCAAUCCCUUCUUUCCCAACGCGAAGCCGACCUGCAAGCUGUGCAGGCUGCUCUGCAGACUCUGGAGGCGGAGAACAAGAGGGCUGGCGAGACCCAUACCACGGCCCGGUUCUCCUUGCAGCUCGAGGCUGACCGCCUGAAGCGCGACUUAGAGCGGCUCGAGGACGAGUUGGCGCGUGCACGGAAGGAGCUCGACGACAAGGAGAGUAAGAAUCGCGACCGCGACGGUGCUCUGGAUAAACUGCAUGCGGAGAACAGAGAUCUGGCGACCCAGUUGGCGGCACAGACGCAGGCACGGCUAAAUUUGUCCGAGAAGCUGGACUCGAUGAUGGCCAGCUUGAAGACAGCGGAGUCGGAGUCAGCUGGGUUGAAGUCGAAGGUCGCGGAGCUUGAGCAGAGGCUAUCGAAGGAUCAGCGGUCGCUGUUGAACGCGGAGAGUCAGUAUCGUGAUCAGCUGACGGAGAGGAAUACACUCCUCCUAACGAUCUAUCAAUACCUCGACAAGAUCUUAGGUGUUGAUAAGACACCUAAGAAAGCCGGCCAGGCGGAGACAAAACCUUUCACCAACUUCAGCGUAUUCCACGACAAUCUCAUCACGCGUCUGAAAGCUCUCAGCCAGAUACAAAUGGACUUUGACAAACGCUGCAAGGAGGUCGAGGCCAAGUUCACUGAAAAGCUCAACGACAUGCGCAAGCAGCUCGACAAUCGGUGGAAGCAGAUUGAUAAAUUUGAGGCGAGUCUCAAGACGUAUGCCGACACGAAGAGUUCCUGGAAACGCAAGUUAAGUCAGAAAGAGGGCGAGCUGGAGGCAAUCAAAGCUACGAAUGCGGAGAUGGCCGCCCAGUUAGCUAGCAGCAAACGACCAGGAGGCUCCGAUGCGAUGGAGAUCCGAUCUUUGACCACACGAGCAGCCAACGCGGAACGACGUCUGAACAACGCCCAGAAUCAACUGCUAUCCACAGAGGAGAAACUUGCGACCUUGAGCCAAAAGAACAGUACUGCCGAUUCCAAGUGGGAAGCACGUGUAAAGGAAUAUGAGGCCCGGCUGAAGGCGGCCGAAGAGAGGGUGAAGAGGGAGAGACAAGGAAGCAAAGAGCGGGUGGUGGAGCUAGAGAACAAUCUUAAGAGUCUGCAACGACAAUUAGAAUUGGCUCAGAAGCGGAAUCACCAACUGAAUGAGGUCAUCGAAACUAAUAAAGUGGCUGGAACGAACUCUCCAGCACGAUAA